CCAUUUUCAAUAAUAAAGUUUACCUAUAAAAUAUGAAAAAAUUUUGCAAACAAAAAUAAACACUACGUUAGAGUAAUGAAAGAUCAAAUGUCAAAAUGACUGAUCACAUCAUUGAAAGGGGACACUGACGAAAAGUUUCAACAAAUAUUUUAGAAACAAAAACUUCUUAACAAAAAAUGAAACCGCUUUUAAAAAACACUAAAAUCUAAAAAAUAUUUAAAAUACCAUAAUCAAUAUAAGUAUAGGUUAAACUCAGUAGUUAUAAGUUUUGAGUUGGAGACUAUAUUAAUUGCUAGCUAAGCUAGAAUACGUGAAAAAGUAUACUAAAACAAUUUUUUUAUUUUAGUACAAAAUAGACUGCCUCAAUGACGUAAUUGUGUUACGCACGCGGUACGACGCUGGUGUUACACCUCUGCCUACCCCUGAAACGGAGAAAAAGUGAAUAAAAAUAGCAUCACAUAAAAUGUCAGUCACAGGAAAGGAAAAUUCGCAAUUUCGUUUACUUAAAAGGACAUGCUUAUUCCAAUUAUUUUAGUUUAAAAGCCAGAUUUUGGUACCAAAAAAAAGACAAGUCGCAUUCGUAGCCUUGUCCCUCUUUUGUAGUCGGUUAAAAGCUAAAAAGCUUGCAUUGCAAUUUAUAGAGUAAUAAAAUCGGAAAAAUUGGAAGAAUUGUUUUAUUUCAAUAUUUUAACAUUCGUGUAAACAUAAAAUAUUAUUAAUCGAAUACCUUCCUACUGUACCAGUGAGGAAGAGAAUAUAUUUAAUAAGAUGUUAUAAAUUAAUCUUCAAAUUACUUACUUAUCUGCCCGCGUUAGAUUUCGGUCACUAAGUAACCGAAGCAGACAGCUGUAAUUAUACAGCACGGUACAUUAGCACGGGUGCCGCAGAGCAUAUCGCACGCACGCGAGCCGAUGCGCUUUACCGAGCGCAGUUCCUGCUACUUUCCUCCUUACUUUGUUGCUCGCAUAAAGUGUUACUUGGCGUAAAAUUACACCGAGAUGCACAUUCGUAAUUAACCGUAAUUGUCCUCUAAUGGCGGUGUAUUAGCCUUCCGCGGGCUAUCUUGUAACGCUGCGAACUUGUUACAUAAACUUUAAAAGGGCCAUUUAUUACACGCACUAUACCGUUUUAUAGUAAAGGUGUGUUUACGCGGCAUGCGUUUCCUAUAACGCCGCGUGUGGUGCAUUCUAGCUUUGGCUUCUGAGUUCAACCGUGUUGAAGGUUUUUCUUUGGAAUAUAAAAUAACAUUUUAUUUUGAAUCAAAUAUCUCUAUGAAUUUUAAAUCCAUCGUAUAUAAAAAAAUAAAUAUCAUAAAAUAUGUAAUGAUAGGUAGAUCUGCUUAAUUUAUUGCUUUUACCGGUCGUUCCCCCAAAAAACAAAGGAAGUGCAAAUCGAUUGAAUUAGCAAUGCUCAUUAUGGUUGUCGGAUACAUAAAUUGUGGUUCAAACUUUAACCGGUCCUUAUAAGGAGGUUGACUCACCUUCCCACGACUUGACAUCAACCCUGUGAGUCAUGAAGGCAAAAGGAUUAGCAGACAUGUAAUGUGUAAAGUUGAACCACCCCGUGCCGGUAGCGGCCGCGCAGCCAGCCGUGACGGUGGACCAGCCGCGGAGGCAGCUUGCAUUAGUGGCGCGCGCGUGUUCCGGACACCACCUGGCGAGGGACAGCCAUGAAGAGCCUAUUGAAACGAAUAAAACAGAAGAUUACGUAUAAAGAUUUACCGCCGCCGUACAGUGCCGACGAUAAUGCCGACAAUGAACCAGAGCAACGAGGCUUGGACGAGCCGAAUGAAGCUCCAGUGUGUGAAGUCCUGGAUUUACUAGCAAAUUGUAAAGUAGCCCCUAAGCCGGACGACUCUGAAAACACCGUAGCAGAAUACACUGAGAUCGAUGAUAUGGGCUUGUGGCAUUCGACACCUUUAACCCAUCGACAUAAAUCAAAAAUAUCCUUAACCUGGGUCCUCAAGGAGAAUUUAGACAACAGCAGAUUGUCAACGGAGAAGUUACAAACCGAGGAAAGGAUAAAGAAUACAAUUGGCAAUGACGUCGACAGACGCCAGAGGCACAACCAGAGAUUUAACGAAAAUGAAAUACACGGGAAAUGUAAAAUAAGAGACGCGAGGGAGAGAGUGGUGGGUCGCAAUGAAUAUUACCAUAACCUUAAGUUUAGGAGUGCUUGUGAUGAGUUCAUGAACGGACAUGAUACGUACUCGGACGAAAGUGUGGAUACUGAAGAAUACAUGCGGCGGAAACACAGACAUCGUCACAGGAGAAAGAAAAACAAACAAAACGGAACCUUCGGAUACGACAUCAGGGAUUUGGACAGCUUUUUAAGUGAGGCCACAAUCGACCGUCCCGGCAACAUUCCUGUGGUCAUCGCUUACCCGAGCACGCUCUACCAGACGCAAGGCGAGCGACAGCAGGAGCUGAUGCUGCCGCUGGGCACUGUCGUCAACGCGGUGUUCAAGAACGAGCAGUGGCUGUAUGCGCAGACGCCGCACGGACACGAGGGCUACGUGCUGUACAGCGCUUGUCUACCGCUGGGGAUAUUGCCUAAUAGGACAUCGCCGCAGAAGAAAACGCCAUGCUGGGAGAGCAGCACUGACAUCUACCCGCGACCGUGCGGGAACCUCACAGACAACGAAAAGGAACAACUCCGCGGCAGAACACGCUCUGAAUGCCGCUACCAAGCAAGAAGCAGGCGAAAACCCGACAUCUGCCCAGAAAAGGAUUUUGAUAGCUUAUAUUUAAAGACUAAAUCAGUGAACAAUAUAGAUAGGGCGCACGAAAGAGAACAUGAAGUGAAAAGACAGACUUUGUUAGUUGUGAAUAGUGAUUAUAGAGGCAAUGUGUUGGAGAAGACUUUGAGUGUGCAGCAAGGGGAUGUGGUGGUGCUGGCCCAGGGUCGAAGGCUCGAGUCUGAUGUGGAUACAGACUGGUUUUACGUCAAGAAGAAGGACGGCAGUCACGGGUACAUACCGGCGGUCAUAGCGGGCCAUGGAUACAUUUGAUCAUCAAAAUUGAUGUUUAUGUUAUAAAAUGUAUAAGACUGGUUACGCUUAACACACCAAACCGGAGUUACUAAAUCUAAGUCGCGGUAGCUUUUUGUGAUGUCUUGUAGAAACGUAUUACCUGAUAUAAAUCUACCCCCAUGAAAUUGUCAACUACUAAAAAUAUUUCGUAAAUUGUUACCCUGCUUAUGAUUGCUAGCUAAUUUUCUAAUUUCUUACAAGUAAAAUAAAUUACGAGGAAAUUAAAAACUGCAAACAUUUGCUAAAAUAUCGAUAUUUCAUGGCGGAUAUUACAUUUCAGUACGAGAGGCAGCGAAUAUUGAUUGAUUAAAUAAAACAAGCGCAUCGUUUUAGUUAAACGAAUGAAUAACAAAAUUACCGUAUAAUGAAUGCCCAGCAUUGUGUCGUAUUUUAAAUUCUUAUGCACAAAAGAGGGAACAGGGGAAACAAAAAUCAAAUAAAUUAUU